AUGCUCGGAAACUUGGACGCCGCCACUGGAGAUGCUCUGCGCAGCUUCCACAACGCGCUAGAUCAAGCCCAGCAGUCGCUCCAGCGAGAUGAGGAGCGCCUCCGCGCAACGGCGCAGCUGCUAGGUGAUCUGACGCUAGAGGUGGACUGCCUGAAAGCAGACAGCGCCCCCAACAGCGCCACUCGUCAGCGACGGGAGGCACUUCAAGCGGAAAAGCUAAAGAUGUCGCAUCACACGCGGCAUCAACGCGAGGCCAUUGCCGCGACGGCGGCCCACAUCCAGCACCUGAAAGAGCCCCGCACGAGGCUCACCGAGCGGGCGGAUGCGCUGAAGGCAGACGUCAAGACGCUCCGUCGACAGUACGGGCUUCGAGCGGCACAGGUACACGCAUUCAUUGCGCAGUUUUUGCAACCGCAGAACAGCCUGGAAAAUCUUCGAUGCCAGCUUGCACAACUCCAGCAGCGGCGUGCCUCACAGGCAGAGGGUUUGACGGCGUCCAAGCGGCAUCUGGAGGAGCAAAAGGCGGAAUUGGCAGCACUCAUAGCUGCCGACAGGCUUGAUGCGCCAACCGAUCCAAACGGAAACGCCACCGCAGGCCAUGGCCAACCUCUAGGAACCAAGGGCAACCAGGAAGCUGCUGCAGUGUCGGCACUAGCUAGCGACGGGAACGGGGAAGCGCUAAACGCUGAGGACAAAGAGCGCGCUGCGUGUGUGCCUCUUCUGAGUGAAGAGGAUAGGCUCUCGGAGGCGACGAGACGGCGGUCUGAGCAGGUGGCCGCACGCAAGACCGCCGAGACUCAGCAGGCUGCAGAGCAAGCGAGGCUCGAGGACCUCCGCGUGGAUCUGAAACGGCAGGUCUUGCUGCUUUGCCAAGAGAUCGAAGGGGCCGACGCAGCGCAGCAGCGAGAGCAAAAGGCGUACCAUAACGCCUUGAAUGACGCCGCAAGUGGAGCAGGUGGAGGUGUGCUCCGGCAGUGCCAGAGAUGCACCUGCGACCUUUUUGACGGCUUCGUGUGA